AUGUCUUCUUCCGUUACGCGUCAGGCCAUUCCAGCUCCCAGCACCAUCGAUACUACAUCUAGGAAAAGGCCAAGUCUUGAAGAUACUAGUGAUGCAGAGGGCCGUAGUCUCAAGAAAUUGAGAGGCGGUGACACUGCAACCACAAAGAAAGACAAGAAAAAGCGAAAGAAGAAGAAGAAGAAGCAGCCGGUGGUUGCUAGUAUUGACUCUAUUAUCAAGUCCAGUGCUCCCAUUACGAUAACUUCGUCGGUGCGCUCGAUGCCCGCUGUUGAACUUCUCGACCAAAUUAAAGAAACUAGCCAGCCGCCGUCAGAAUCUGCUGUUCCCGCUGCGAUAUAUACGAAUGCGAAUGUGGCAAGUUCAGUACCAGCACCUGACACGAGCAUCAACGACAUCCAGAAUCUGAAUGCAGAACUAGCCACAAAAUCCGCUCUCAUCAGUACACAUGAAAACGCCAUGUCCCAAGUUCAACAAAACAUUACCUGUCAGAUUUGCCUCGACCUACUCUACAAACCUUAUGCGCUUGCCCCUUGCGGUCAUAUCGCAUGCUACUCAUGUCUCAUGUCAUGGUUCUCUCGUCCCCCCGACGAAGGCGCGGAUGCAUACCAAGCACCGAUUUAUCUCCGCAAAAAGAGCUGUCCACACUGUCGAGCUACCGUUCGUGAUCCACCAGUCGAAGUUUGGGCCGUUAAGAACAUGGUCAAUAGCCUUGUAGGGACUGGCUUGCUGGUUGGGAUACCUCCAAUACCAAUGUCUGACGGUCAGCCGGUGGCAAGUAGUAGUAAUGGACGCCAGCCAGGAUCUGGAACAGAGCCUUCCAAAGAAGGGCUAUGGAAAAGCAUUUUUUAUCCUCAUCGUGACACCUUGCUCUCUCUUGCCUCGCGUGAAGAUGCUGGAAUUCGUGACGACGAGGACGGUGGUGUCUAUCGCUGCGUAGAUUGCAUGCACGAAAUCACCGGUGGUUUUUGCACAAACUGUCAUCGGGUAUACCGAGCUCAUCGCGGUAUCGAUUUCGGUGACGAUUCUGAAGGCAAUGAGGAUGUGGAACCAUUUUUCAGGUUGGCUUUUGACGACCGUUUAGAGGGAGCAGACUACGAAGAAGACGAUGAAGAGGACGACGACUAUUAUGAAGAUGUAUUCUUUGACCUCGCGUAUCACUUACCCUUGCCGCGGCGAACCCUCGGUCGUCGUGCUAGGGUCGAGCGCAAUAGGGCCCUGGAUGUAGAAAUCUUAGGAUCGGACAGCGAAGAAGACGAGGUAGACCGGAUGGAUGGGUUCAUUGAUGAUGAUAGUGAUAUCCAGGAAUUGGAAGAUGUCCAGGAGAUACCAGGGGAUCGGAAUGUUGAAGAAGUUGACCUUGACUAUGACGGCGUUGGAGCAAUAAACUCGAGUCAUGGACCCAGUGAGGUUAUCGAAGUAACUGACGAGGAAGACGAUGACGACAGCCUAGGUCCAGCUCGACCAGUUCGACGCCGUGUCAAUCGUGCACAGACUACUAUCAAUUUGCUUUCGGACGACGAAGACGAAGGAGAAGAAGAAAGUAUACAUUUGUCCGAUGAUGAUAGUGAAGAGAUCGAUGAUGAUAGCAAAUAUUCCGACAUUGACGAUAAUGAGGUGAACUAUCAAGACGGCAUUCACUCUGGGGACGACGACGAUCCCGAUUUGGAGUCUGCUUACUUCGUUGAUCUUGACGAUGAACAGGGAGACAUUUAUCGCUUUUGA